CGUCUCAGCAGUUUGACGUCACUGAUAGCGACCGCCGGCUCUUCGCUGUAGUGGAGGCGCUCCGGGGACAUGGCGUCUUCAAUCUGGAAAGGGCUGGUCGGGGUCGGUCUCUUUGCAUUGGCACAUGCGGCUUUUUCAGCGGCUCAGCAUCGCUCAUACAUGAGAUUGACCGAAAAAGAAGAUGAGACAUUACCGAUAGAUAUAGUCCUACAGACCUUACUGGCAUUUGUAGUCGCCUGCUACGGCAUAGUCCAUAUUGCUGGAGAGUUUAAAGAUAUGGACGCCACUUCAGAGCUGAGGAACAAGACCUUUGAUACAUUAAGGAACCACCCGUCAUUCUAUAUUUUCAACCACCGGGGGCGAGUAAUGUUCCAAUCCCCAGAAACGGAGUCUCAACAAAAUCAGCCUGGCUCUAUAUACAACGCAUCACUGAAGUUACGAAAACUAGAACCGAUGCAACGCUGAAAAAAAUCGAUUUCUAGAACAGAACAUUGUGAUAACAUCAGAGUCCGAGGCGGAAACAGUGUUUAAUUAAUUUUUUUUUUUUUUUUUUUCAACUUUUCUGGAGCAAUAUUUAUAUUGAUCUUCCAGACUUUUUAAGAUGAGAAAUGAGGACUUUGUACACUUCUGAGGAGGACUGUGUGGUGGACGAGCAAUGCACUGUAACUUAUUGCUACGAUUAUGCUGUAAAACUUGUCUUUUAUCUUGAAAACAUUACCUAAUGCUGCAGCUCGAAUAAAGUGGCUUGAAUAAGAGAGAA